AUGGGUGUUACAGGCCUUUGGCAGGUAAUUGCUCCAGCAGCAAAGAAAUAUUCUCUGCAAGAGCUCAUGGUCAACCACAUGUUUAAUCUGGAUGGCACAAAAUGCUCUGAGCAUCCGUUCAGGAUUGGUGUUGAUGCCAGCUUAUGGAUGGCCAGUUGCCAGCACUCAUUUCGACAUGGACAUGCACAGUGUGGGCAGAACCCAGAGUUGAGGAUGCUCUUUUACAAGUUAGCACACCUGUAUCGCACCCCAGCUGAUGUCCUCUUUGUCUUCGAUGGCCCGCAAAAGCCAGCAAUCAAGCGGGGCAAGAAGGUUGUCACUAUUCCACCAUGGCUUACAACAUACUUCAAGGACUUUGCUAGUGCUUUCGGAUUUCAGACACAUGAGGCAGCAGGUGAGGCAGAGGCAGAGCUAGCCGCCCUCAAUCAGCUAGGGGUUAUUGAUGCUGUCUGGACUGAGGAUAGUGAUGCGUUGGUAUUUGGUGCUCUAACUCUCCUUCAAACUAACUUAUUACAUUGGUGUGUUAACAGUGACAACGACAACGACAAGUCCGUUCUAAUGUAUUCCGCUAAUGGUUUGGCACAAGAGUCCACUGUUGCAUUGACAAAGGGUGGGCUACUGCUAAUGGCCCUCUUCUGUGGUGGAGAUUACGACAAUGGCCUCUCGUGUUGUGGAUGGAAGACAACUCGUGUGCUUGCUCAACAUGGUGUUGGAGAUGAGCUGCUACAUGCGGCGACCACUACCGUGAAUGAGGAUGAUCUUACCACAUUCCUUGGACCUUGGGUCAAGCACGUCUGUGAUCUCCUCACCGAGAUGGGCUGUAAGAAACUUUCCGCCACCUUUCCAACCGACUUUCCCUCCCCUGCUGUUGUCCUGGCAUAUGUUAAGCCCUCGAUCACGUUCACGUGUGCCAAUCCUGGGCCUCCUCAAGCCUUGUCAAUGCUGCUCAGAAAGCUGCAAGGAAUUGACCUGGAACAACUGGCUUUCCUGUGCAAGUUCCACUUUGGGUGGUCUAGAGGCGGACCACCCGUCCCAGUCCAUGCCAUUGAAUCUUCUGGUACACUCGGAAAGCUGAAGAACCUGGUCUAUGAGGGAGUUUGUAUUCGCAAUCUAUGUGGUGUGAGUAGGCUAUACCAUGUCAUAGUAUGA